GGUUACCCCUUUCCACCAUGGAGAUCGGUUUCCUUGGUUCAGUUUUCGUAGCCUAUGGUCGGCGUCAGCAGAGCCCAAGUUCAGUUCAGCAGUACUGCCAGUCUGUCAGUGGUGACCUGGUGACCGGUAAAAUGUAAUGAUACAGUUAUUCGAGUCGCGAUAAUUUUGCACAUUCCAAUAAAUACAUGACGAUGACCGCUUAACGGAUUAUUCGCCGAGUACGAUGACGCGCGUUACGUUUCUGCAUCCCGACCUCGGUAUCGGCGGCGCGGAGAGACUCGUCGUCGACGCGGCCCUAGCGCUGCAAAAGAAUGGCCACGACGUCAACUUCGUGACAACUCACCACGACCCGGAGCACUGCUUCUCAGAGACCAAGGACGGCACGAUUCCUGUCACCGUCGUGGGCAAUUGGCUGCCUAGACACAUCCUGGGCAGGUUCUACGCGCUCUGCGCUUACAUACGCAUGAUAUACGCGGCCUGCUAUAUAAUAUUUUGCGACCAGCGGCCGGAAGUUGUGUUUUGUGAUCUAGUAUCCAUCUGUAUACCCAUACUCAUACUGCGUAUUCCGUACGUAGUGUUCUACUGUCAUCAUCCGGACCAGCUACUCUCCUCUCCUGGCGGCUGUCUCAAACAGCUGUACCGCGUGCCGCUAAAUUAUUUCGAGGAGAUCACAACCGGCAUGGCGCAUAAAGUCUUUGUAAAUAGCUGUUAUACAAGCAGUGUGUUCAGGAAUACAUUCAGGAGGCUGAAAACAAAGCCCGAAAUUUUGUAUCCUUCCAUUAACACGGACUUCUUCAGUAAGACAAGAACAGUAUCUAUGGAGAGGGUUCUCGAUAGGAAGCUACCGGACGACAGCAUUGUAUUGCUGUCCAUCAAUAGGUACGAACGUAAGAAAAAACUGUCCCUUGCGAUAGAAGCUCUCGCCGAGUUGAAGAAACUCUUAACGAAGGAAACUUACAAGAGGGUGUACCUGAUUAUGGCUGGUGGAUACGACAAGAGAGUCGAAGAGAACGUGGAGUACCAUCUGGAAUUAAUAGGACUGGCGGACGAGUUGCAUGUAACAGAUAAAGUAAUGUUCUUGCGUUCGCCCUCUGAUGUAGAUAAAGUUUCUUUGCUGCAUCAUUGUAAAAUUGUGAUAUACACCCCACCGAACGAGCACUUUGGGAUAGUACCCUUGGAAGCAAUGUACGUAGGCAGGCCGGUAAUCGCUCACAAAUCUGGCGGGCCCACGGAAUCGAUAAUUUCUGGAGAAACUGGCUUCUUGGUUGAAGACCUGUGCGGCGAGGCGUUCGCCUCCAAAAUCGCUUUCUUAAUCACAAAUCCUAAUUAUCUUGAAAACUUUGGUGCGGCGGGUCAACACAGAUUUCUGGUGACAUUCAGUUUUGCUGCUUUUAGUGCUCAAUUAAAUAAAGCGAUAAAUCACUUGACUGAUGCAAAGACGAAGUAAGAUAAUGGGAGCUGUUUGAAAAAGAUUGUCAUGUUUUCUUUUAUUCCUUUGCAUAUUAAUUGUAUCUAGAAUUAUAUCGUUGGCAAUCGAUACAUACAUAAAUGGUGCUAUGCUAAGGAGAUGAGUGAGAGUAUAAUUUUUCAAAUAUAUAUUUAUAUAUUUCUCUUAUUAA